CAAAUAUUGUUGCAUUCAUUGCGUGAGUCAACGUCAACAAUGGACAACAUUGAUUUUAAUGUGAGCUACGAGAAUCUUCACUUAGGUGAUUUUAUUGAUUUUGGUAGCUUUGGUGAUGUUUACAAAGCACAUUGGAUAACUGAGAGCAGAGACAUUGUUAUUAAAAUUAUUAAAAGCAAUGAACGUGAUAUUUUAAGAGAGAUUCGAAACUUAAAAGUUCUUAAACACCAAAAUAUUGUCACUUUCUAUGGAUUAGCAAAAAAUCUUGAAACUCGAAUAUGCAUGAUUUUUGAAUACGCAGAUUGUGGAUCACUUUACAACUUCUUGCAUAACAAUAAGAAUAUUGAAAUAUCAUACGACGUCAAGAUGAAUUGGAUGUUGCAGAUUGUCAAGGGAAUGGAGUAUUUAUAUAGCAAAAAAAAAUUCCAUCGAGAUUUUAAGUCUCGAAACAUUUUGCAAUUUGACAAAUAUCGUACCAUAAAAAUAUGCGAUUUUGGUACAGUGAAAGAUCUUUAUAUGGUUCCAGAAAUUUCUAUGGGAGGAAGAUGUUACACGGAAAAGUGUGAUGUUUUUAGCUUUGGCAUUGUUUUGUGGGAAGUAAUGUCUAGGAUAAAGCCCUUUCAUAACUAUUUAUUAAUGGAUGCGAUAGCUAUCCAAAUAAGAAUUAUUAAUGGUGAACGUCCGAACCUAAAUGACAUUAAGAGCUAUAAACACUCCACUCACAUUAAGCUCAUGAUAGAAGAGUGCUGGAAAGACGAUCCAUCUCAGCGGCCGACAAUGAAGGUACUGGCAUUUUACCUUGGCUUUGAUCCCUAUUCGUUUAUCUGUGUUCCUAACUUAAUGUCUGCGGCUAAACCGUUGCAGGACAUAUGUGAAGAAGAUUUUCGAUUUCUAAAACAGGAUGGCGACAUAUUAACAUCUAAUAUUGAAUAGUACUAAUUGAACAAAUUACAAACAUAAAAAACAAGUAAGAAAGCAACAGUCGAGUGUGCUCGACAAUACCUGUUACAUACAUUUCCUGCCGGAACAAAGUUAUAAUACCCUUCUACCCUAUGGGUAGCGGGUAUAAUUAAGGUUGUAAUUAGUGCAUAAUGCUUCUAAUAAAUAUCGUUAUACUCUACAUAUUAUCCCAGGUUAAUAUAAUUAUAAUUUCUAAGGAACCUACAUAUACUGAAACUCAUCAAACAUCGAUCACAACUUCAUUGCCAGAUAUCGAUAAGAAUUUCUUAUCAUUGUGAUAAGCAAUUUGUCAACAAACCGUCAAAAAUUGAUUAAAAACUUUUAGUCAGCUUGUGUUAGUCAACUAUGGACAACGUGAGUAACAUAAAAUUGGGAAAAAGGAUUGGAUGCGGCAGCUAUGGAGUGGUUCACAAAGCAAUUUGGCAAGCUAAUGACCAACUAAAGAAAAUUGCAGUCAAAAUAAUUCAAGAAAACAAUGAAGAUUCCGAAACAGAAAUUAUUAAUAAGAAGAAGAAUAUUUUGAACGAAAUUCGGAAUCUACAACAGUUUAAUCAUAGGAACAUUGUCACACUGUAUGGAGCCGCAAAAGAUCCUGACAAUACCAUUUACAUGAUUUUCGAGUUGGCAGAUUGUGGAUCACUCUACAAUUUUUUGCAUUGCUCAGCUAACGACGUUAGCUACGUUGACAAGAUAAACUGGAUGGCGCAAUGUGCCAAAGGAAUUGAUUAUUUACAUAGUAAUAAUACAAUACACCGGGAUCUGAAAACUCAAAACUUGUUGCUUUUCGAUAAAUAUCGAAGAUUAAAAAUAGGGGAUUUUGGGACAGUGAAACAACUUACUACGAUUAAUACGGAAUUUAUUGGAACUAUUCGUUACAUGGCCCCAGAACUUGUUAUAGCAAAUGGGAAAUACACGGAAAAGUGCGACGUUUUUAGCUUUGGGAUUAUAUUUUGGGAAGUCAUGUCAAGGAAGAAGCCUUUCGAGAACUUAAAGGACAUGCAUCCAUUGGCAAUUCAAAAGAAAAUUUUAGAAGGUCUUCGUCCAAAUAUAUAUGAUGCGAUAACUUAUGAAGGUUCGGAUUGCUUUAAACGAACUAUCGAAGAGUGCUGGGCAGAAGAUCCUGGAAUUAGGCCCAGUAUAAAAGAACUGAUUGGCGUUUUCAAAAUUAAUCGUAUAGUUUACUGUAAUGUAAACUACGAUGACAUAGAGUUAGGAAAAAUGGUUGCCAGCGGUAAAUAUAACGAAGUCUACAAAGCAACUUGGUAUACCGAAGGCCAAUACAAAGAUGUUGCCGCGCACAUUAAUAGAAGUUGCAUUCCGGAUUUCAAAUAUGAACAAAGUACCCUCAGCAUAAUCUACUAUCUAAAGAACUUAAAGCAUGAGAAUAUUGCAACAUUAUAUGACGUCUCAAAAACGCACGACAACAGAAUUUGCUUGCUUUUUGAGCUUGCAGACUGUGGAUCACUUCAUAAUUGUUUACAUCAUACGGAAAUCAAAAUUUCUUAUAUUGUAAAGCUAAAUUGGAUGCUUCAAUUUGUCAAGGGUAUGGAACAUCUGCUUAGUAUAGGAAUAAGUCACCGAGACCUGAAAUCAAAGAACUUGAUGCUUUUCGAUGAAUAUCGUACAUUGAAAAUCGGUGAAUUUAUUGCAGUGAAGCCACUUCAUUUAAGUGAUACGUUUAUUGGCCCAGUUCAUUAUACGGCUCCAGAAGUUUAUGAAACACAUGAGCAUACGGAAAAAAGUGAUGUUUUUAGCUUCGGAAUUAUUUUCUGGGAAGUAAUGUGUAGAAGGAAACCCUUCCAUGACAUCAAUCCAUCAGAUAUCUCUAAAUUUAUAAUUAGUGGUGGUCGACCUAACGUGGAUGCCUUACCUAUUUAUGAGGAUUCGGAUCACAUCAAAUACAUAAUUAAUAAGUGCUUCGCGAGAUAUCCAGAAAAUCGCCCUACGAUUAAUAAAUUGUCUGUUCAGCUCCACUUUGAUCCCAAAGUCUUUACCAUAUUUCCUGAUCUAGUGAACCGUAUUGAACCAUUGGCAAAUAUUUGCGAUGCAGAUUUUAGUUUGCAAUAAACAAAAAGCCUUAAUUAUAGUAAACAUAUAUGUUUAAAAGCGUUGAGAGUUCUUAAAUAUAGGCAGUAUGAGGCAUUCUAAUACAAUUUAAUAUGUAUGCAUAUGCAUAUAUUGUAUGUCUGCUCUGUCUAUCAGCGGGAUUUUUCUGAGUCAAUUCCAAACACUUAGAUAUAUACAAUGGGACAAUUACCGGAAAUUGCAUAUAUGAAUAAUGUGCAAUAAUACAAAAAAAAAACCUAAACAUCCGCAAUUGUAUAUAUAACAGUGUUAAGUUUAUCGAUAAGAAUUUCUUAUCAACGUAAUAAACAAGUCGACAAGAAAGAAGCAAAAGUAGAUUAAAAACUUUAGUCAGUUUGUCGUACU